UAGAGACCAACGGACCGCUAAGAACGGUAACCAGCUUCUAAAGAAAGCGAAAAGGGACACAGGUACGAUAUUAUCGUCUCCCCCUCUUGGAUUAAGGAUGUAUUUUUUUCCUCUUGUAUGGUGAUGUGAAGCUGCUCGUUUAAACUAACAAACAGACAAAGAACACAAGUGUUUACAUGAGAAGAACUGCGCGAUAAUACAAUCUCUUUAAAAAAAAAAAAAAAGACGAUGAUAACGAGUAAUACGCAAGUAGUAACAGAGCACCAGCGCCUUUCAGUUUCUCAUGGUAUAGAUAUGCUGAGUGUGAACACACCAUUAUUUGUUCUCUAAGCUAUUAUAUACAAAAAACAAAAACAUUAAGCGUGAAAAAGACGCAGGCGCGUCUGCACCGCGAAACCGUGAUUCAAGUAUAUGAUAUAACUUCUAACAAUUCUAUUAUGCGCCGUCUAUGAAGAUAUAAGAUGUAUGUAUUUUAGAUUAUUAUUAUAUAUGAUUAACUUGCAGAGACGCAUACACAUACACAUAUACUACACAACACUCGAUUGUAUUAUUUGUUUGACGAAAUGGUACGAAGACAUAGGCAAAGCUGCAUUAGCUAUUUUUAGAAACAAUAACUAUUUUCUUUCUUUUUUUUCUCACGUCGUCUUACAAUCAAAAUUCAGCACCGUAGCUUAUGACACCAGUAUGUUUUAUUCUUUUUCGUUCUGUCCGGAAUUCUUUCCAAAACAAUUACCAAAAUCUUUGCUAACAGGAUAUGUAUGCUAAUUAUUAUUUUCUUUUUUUUUUUCUUUUUUCAUUGAGGAAUACUUUACAGUGUAUAGGGGUAAACUUUAAGUAUGUUUGCAUAUAUUCAUCUACUGCUCUUUAGCAUUAAACCAAUGUAUUCGUUCAGUAUGUUUCUAAUUAACGAUUCUAAUUGGUAAUUAACUAUCUUCCCCAACCUCUGUUAAGGUUUUGAUAUUCUGAUAGAAUCCAUCGUUUCUCGAUGAGUCUUUAAAAGGUAUAAUCAAAUUAUCCUUACGAGAUCUUAUUCAUGAAAAUUUUUGGUUUCUAUUUAUCUUCCUCUUUUUAUCGAAGGUAUUCUUAUUCAUUUUCGCAGCUUUGCAAUCAUUGUGCAAAGCGAUCUAUGUAUAAGAUACAAAUGACGAAUUUCCAGUGUGUAUACAGAUGGAUUAAUUUUUUGAAAUUCGUACAAUUCAUUGAAUGAAUCGGAUCAGUUUGAACGAGUGAAUGAUGAUGAAAAUGAUCAGAUAUGUAUGUGUGAUGAAUGAUUAUUCGUUUUUUUCUUCGGUAAAUUCGUGAUUAAGUAACAUUUGCGCUUAAAUUAACCAAGUUUUAUUACAUAUUUCUCCCAAUGUAAAGUUUGGAAUUAAUUUUUAAUUCUAAUCGCCAGAAUUUCUUUAUAGAAUUUGGCUAAUCCUUUUUUUUUUCUUUGAUCUAGUUAUAAAUGCAACGUAUAUUUCAACAAAGAAAUUCAAAUUUUUUUUUCCAAAGAUAUUGCAUUAUAAAAUGACAACGGUGGUUUUUAAUUUUUUUUUUUUCGCAAUCUCCCCCUUUUUUUUGACCCAAAAGAAACACGGAUAUAUUUAAAUACGUAGACUGACCAAAUUUACUUGAGGUGGUGUUUUAACUAAUCCGUUAUUUUUCUUUUUAUUUAAAAGAAGGCAUAGUUUUUUUUUUUUUUUUUUUUAAAAUACAUCUUUAGUAUAACUAUCAUUUUUUUUUUCUCUUCGUUUUGUAAGUUAGCUGUAAGGUAAAUUAAAUAAGUUUGCGUAUGUAUAUGCCGAUCUCAAUCGAGUGCAUCCAUGCGUGUGUGUGGCUGUGUGUGCCUGCAUGAGAGGAUAGACAGGAAAAAAUGUACAAUUUCGAACUUUCAAUUACUUUCUCCAUCGUCUCGUAGUCCAGUAAAGCAAAAUUUUUAAUCGUAUCUAUAGCAUCUCUGACAGCUGUGCAUCGCGUUUAAAAUGGUUGACAGGAGUUCUGACGUAAAAUCUAAUAUUCGUUUCGAUCAACAACCGGUUCUCAUCGAACCACCGUCUCGGUUCGUUCUGAUUUUUCUUUCGGGUAAAACGUUGCCGUGCAACGGUUUACUCGAAGACAAAGUUAGAACAGAAUUAACGAGAGUAAAAAGAAAUAAUUCGUCUUCGUUUCUCUCCCUUUUCGUAAUUCGAUUAUUAAAUAUUUUCUCAGGUUUGGUUAGUUUCUUCAGCAUCAGUCUCUCUCGUGAUAAGAAAUUUCAAGUUAAGAACGCUUCGAGAGCUCCACACUCUCAAUCGAAAUUCUUCUGAUAAACGAAAUCAGUUUCUUUUGUAGCACAUGAGUGGGGUAAUUGAUAAGAAUCAAUCCGAAUGUUCGAUCAAAUUAAAUAGUUUCUGCUCUCGACGGAAGAGGAAGCGUCUGAAUUGUAAAUUGAAAAUUAGGCAGGGUUAAUUUCCGUGCCAAAUUUAAAUUCUCGUUUUUUCUGAUUUGAAUCGAGUAUGUUUAUUAUAGAUUCUAAUUGAUACUUAUUUUUUUUUUUUCUAGAAACGAUUUGGCUGAUAAGAAUUUUAGUAUUUGCCCAGUGAUUAGUCUAUACAUUCGAGUCUUUUUCUAACUCGGAUCAAAUGAAAUUUUUUCAAAGUGGUAUUAGAAAUUCUCUUGAGCUCAUCGGACGCGAGGUUAAAAAUAAAAAAAAAAAAUUCAACACUGCCGUCCUAUGGGAGAUUGAUUGAAUAUUAAAUUUUGAACGGUACGAGGAGAUUGUCUCACAGACGAAUUCUGUAAAUAAAUCGACAGGAGGGAAAUUGUAAUUUUCUGCAGCGUUUGUAAAAAACAAAAAACGAAAAAAGAAUAACGGAUUGUUUCGUGUAUAAAGGAUUUAGUGUACAUAUACGAACGAGGGGACAGACGUGUAUUAUGUAUAUAUGUAUUGUAUACAUAUUGUAAGGGGGGUAAUGAUUCUCGGUAUGGCAACGGCGUUUUGUUCCGUUCCGAUCGAGAGCAUCAAACUAGGAUUUGGAUCUUUCAAGUACAGCAAUAUUUCAGCUCGAGUCUCGCAGAGAAGCGAAAAAUAGUCAGUAUGUGUGUGCGAAGAAAAGUAGAACAGACGAAAGGGGGAAUACCACCGCGUAUCAAAGGUUGCAAGGGUUGAUCUUUCGGGAGGGUGCUCUUGAAGUGUGUUAAAAAAGAAGUCGUCGCUAGAUGGACGCAUAUGAAAGAGCGUACGAAUUACAAAGUGAAUAAUCAACCAAUCGAUAAUAUUAAUUUUAAAAAUGAUAAGAAAUUAGCUGUGAUGAUGACCCUAUAGGUACUACUAAUUUUUAAUUGGUAACUGAUCAACUUAUAUUAUAUAUAUAUAUUAUAUAUUAUAUGUAUAUGAUUAAAAGUUAAGCUGAGGUAUAAUAUAAGAAGUGCAAGUACGAUGAUGACAAGAAAAAAAAAAAUUAGCUUUCUUUCGGAAUAGAAACGUGAGAGACAACACGAGAGGCAAAGAAAGAUAACAAAGAAACUAGUGUGUUAAUUGGUGUUUUAUCACAGAACAUAAUAGGGGAUGUUUUUCUUUGUCUUAAUUGAGGGGCUCCGGUACCCUGCACUCUCUUCAAGCGUUUACUAUUAAUUAUCCUAAAAUCUAGUAAUUAAGGGAUGUAACGCGCGCGCGAUCGUAGAACACAAACAAAAUGCUCGAUGAUAGCGUUAAUUGAGGAGAAAUGAUGUGGGGGGUGCAAUGUUUCCGCGACAAAAGAAAAAUGAAAAACAAUGUUCUUUUAGGAACUCUAUCGAGUACGUCCAUCUUGUGUGUGUCGUAAUCCACCUUCGUGACUUUAAGAUGAGAAUAUAGUUAGUAGUUCUAAUUAUAUAUAUGAGCCAACCAGAGAACUUGGGUCGUUUCGAGCGAAAAAAAUAAAUAAUCGAAUCGAGGUCGUGUCGAAUUUUUCUCUUUGAAACGUGCUUCCGGUCGUGCAUCACUCACGUACGUACGCUUCGUUCCGUUUCCGGUGUACACGAAUAUUUUCCGCGAAUCGAAUCUAAAAGUGUAACACCGCAAGCGAAAAGAAGCGAUUUUUUUUUCCUUCUUUUUCAAAAUUAAGCUUGGGCGAAAGAAACGAUCCAUGCUGGGCUGGCAAUUAUUGUGAUAUUGUAACGUACAAAAUCGUUCGUCGCGAGUUACACGAAAGAUCGAGUAAUAAUCGAUAAGACAAAAAAUUAAGAUUCUCGUGAAGGCUUCACGGAUGUGUCAUGGUUCCAUUGCGUUAACGAUAAGUGUGUUAAGCCUUGCGUCUGGUUCACAUUAACGCGUAUUUUAUUACUAUAUCUUCGUUAUGAUUCUGAGGAAGAUAAAGCUAUAUUGCAAUAACUGAAAUGAAUAUUAAAAACUAGCUUUAAUAUUUUCUAACGAUUUGGCUGUAGAGAAUUUCUUAAACGAAUUAUUUGUAGAAUGUUACUAGUCAACGUUCAUAAAUGAUAUUUCUUUUUUUAGCAAUUCUUGGGGCCAUUAUUAAAUUUAAGUUUCAACGAUACGUUGAAAUAAUUAGUGUAAUCAUGACCGCUAUCCAAAGUUCUUAUCUUUUCCGAGGGCCAUUGGUGACCACCCUUUGUUAGUCCCAAUAACGCUCGUGAAAUAGGUUCGCAUUGAUGUGAACGCGGCAUUAGGAACUAUUGAUUGCGGUUACUUAACACACGUUGUACACAGAAAUAUGCACACCGUGAUGCAUCCGUCGACGAACAUUGUAUGGUGUACAAAAGCACAUAUAGAGCCAAUAUAUGUGCUGUUGUACGUCUAAACUUCAUCCUACCACGUAUCUUCGUACCUUACAAACAAUUUUCUUUUGCUGGUCUCUUUCGAAAGUGAAUUGUAUAUCGUAUGCUUUAAUGAUUCAGCUGUAAAUGUGUAUCGUGUUAAUAACAGACGUUGUUUAUCGCGUUACAUGUUUUUGGUUUGUUGAUUUGUUACGUAGAGAGUUGUUCUUCUUUAACGCAGUCGAAUUUUUUUUGUUCAUCGUGUCAGAUGAUGCGUUUUUCUUUUUCCGAAUGUAAGUUAAGUAUUUUGGGAGCUUCCAUGAGAAACAGAAACGGGGAUUAUUCUUACCGUCUUCUGUUGAUCACAUUCAUCGGUGACGCCUGAAAACUAUUCCUACGGAUUCAUUCGAUCGAAACGUGGAGUGAUUGUUUCUUCUUAAAGGCGAAUUCUCAUCGAAUUGGAAGUUCUGUCGCGUUCGAGUAUCUUCGAUUCGAGUAUCACGAUUAUUAAGUAAAUAAUUUAAUCAUUCUUCUUAUCCGAACAACUUUGGUUUCUUUUGUGUUUUUUUUUCUUCUUUUAAUUUCUUUUUUUUUUUAAUUAGGUUUAUCAUGGUGUGCUCCUUUUUUUCUUUUAUAAAUCAUUCGCGUAUAUAGUUUUAGGUUAAUGACAUUGGGAAAAAACAGUUUCUUUGUUUCUUUUUUCCGAUUUACUUUAAUUUGAUAUAUAGGUAUUUUUUAGGCGAUUAAGAUAGAAAUUUGGUCAGGUGAAAUUUUUAUGGUACGUUUAAACGUUAUUCGAUCGAGUUUUUUUUUUUUUUUAUUUUUCUUUCGCUUUGUACGUCUUUAAAGGUUCUUCUGUGCGUAGAGAAACGCUAAAGAGCAGAGAAAAAGAGAUCCCAUACGAAUUUUGCAUAUCCUUACUCAAUUCUCGUUAAGGAAAGAAUACCGGCGCUCGUCGAACGUUCUUUUUAAAAUUAAACGAAAAAUCAUAGAAAGUUCAGCGGUGAAAAAAUAAAACGAAAGUACAGGCGAACAAAAAUUAGCCGCUCGUCGAAAGAAAAAAAAAAAAAAAAAUGGAACCAAACGUCUUCGAACGACAACGUCAAACAACAACAAAAAAAAAUCAUCGCGUCGCGUCUCGAAACGGUUUCUCCUCAAAAGUAUUUUUCACGAGGGUACCUCGGGACGCGAUUCGUGUCUCAAUAUAAUAUAUAUCGUGUUUUAUUGAUUUUUCAUGAGAUGCAAAAGAAAAAUGAAAAUCAACAAGCUCAUCGAUUUCAUAAGGAGAGCGCACUGAUCAUUAUACAGGGACACAAAACACAGCCACACGAAACACUAUGUCGAUUAAUUAAUUAAGCCUUAAAUUUAGAAUUAAGUUGAAAGGUCUGAGAGAAGCAGAGAGUAGAGAGAGAAAGGUUCAAAAAAAAAAGGGAAGGGAAGAAGAAGGAAAGAGAGAAAAAGCUCUGUCUUUUUAGAAACGUGUCAUGGUCUACUAUUACAUGUAUCUCAAUCAGUAUAUUCUUUUUUAAUUAAUGGAAAAAAGCUAGAGCUUAAUUUUAGUCUAAGAAUCAAUAUGAAUUCGGUACGUUCAUUUUACUUUGUUUUAGUUGUGCCUCCUUUUCUUUUUUUUCUUUGAUUUUCAAUCAUGUGUGUUUUAAGAUUCUAUUUCUUCGCGUUUUAAUUUCGAUUCUUUAACGCGUUCGCUGUGGACGGAAUGAAAUAAGUGAACAUAAUAUUGAUAAGUAAUAUAAUGUGAUCAAGACUUCAGCCGCGGUGGAAAUGCGCCCGGCACCCGCAGCGAACGCGUUAUACAUGCGUUUCCUAUCGCCGUUCGGGUAGAAUCGGCAAAAUUCGGGGCACACGUUUUGAUCUCAAUCGUUGGCGUGAAACAAUACCUCUUUUUCCUUUUUUUAAAUAAUACCAUGGAUAAAAUCGUGUUGUAUUGUCAUGGGAUCACACAGAAGGCAAAUUCCAUCAUAUUUCCAAAUCUGUUUUUUCAUUGGCGUCGCUUUUCAUUCGAAUCGAGCGAUUUUCGAAUACGAAGCGACGCUUUUCGAAUUUAAAAAGGUGCAAAAAUAAAAACACGCUGAGUGGUCGCAUGACAGGUAUACAUAUCGAUCGAUCGGCGAAAAUGAAUGAAAAAGACAUUUUCAAAGAGCUAUAGACCAUCGCGGUUAAGUGAAAAUACGAUUUUUACUUACGGUAGCAAGGAGAAGUCGCAUCUCUGAUGACGAGCCUGUCGAUGACAAUAUUUUUUAUCCUUCUUCGUGCUGCUGCUUCGUGAAAGUCCGUCAAAGCCGUACACCAGCGCGAUGCGCGAUCGGAUAAUUCAUUUUUCUUUAUUUUUUAUUCCACGACUGAAUUCAAAAGGAAAAACAGAUAGCAAAAAUAUUCUCGUAUCAAAAGAAUAAAAAAGGAUGCAAAAAUAAAAUUACGUACGAUUCAUAGAAAAUCCGUAUCGUUCUGAUGUGCGGCUAAAAUUAAAAUUAAGCGUAGGGGAAACGGAUCGGCCGUUAUGGCGGCAAGAAAAACGCACUGACUAUUUUAGCAAAUCGAGAUUCGACCAUGUACCUUGAUAUAUUACCUUGCGAGUGUUUCCAGAAAGUAUGUACGCGUCUGUAAACGAAUGACCGAGAGAGAAAGGAUUAAAAUGAAUGUGCGCGUGCAUGGGAGUGUGCCAAACAAGUAUGCCUGCGGUCCAGCGUGAGAGAUAAAUAUAAAUAUAUAUAUAUAUAUAUAUUAAAUAUUAUAUAUACGGAGGGAAGAGCCUCUGGCUCUUGAAGAAGAAGAAAAGAAGAAAAAAACGGACGUGUUUUGUUCUGUACGCUGGAUAGAAAAGAAUCUUGGAAGGAAAUCCAAGCAGCUUGAAGAGAGAAAAGUUAUUCGAAAAGGAUUCGUAAGGAAAAACGCGUCCGUUUUAGGUUCUCCAUAUCUCGCACGUGCAGAGCGGUUCGCACCAUUGCGAUCAAUACUGAAAAAUAUGUAUACAGUCAGUCAGAACGGAUGUUUGAGAAUGUGUGUAAGCGAAGAAUUUGUACAGCGAUUGUGCCGUCGCCCGCACGUGCGUGACAAUAAUUUUUUUCCUACGAGUGGUAGCCGGUGUGCGACAUAUAACUUUAAUUUCGUUUCCGUUCUAUUAUUCGUUUCGAGACUCGACGCGGAGAGAGCAACGUUUGCGGUGAGGAAAUUCAUUUUUUAAGAUAGAAAGUAUUAUUUUUUUAUGACGCUUCUAUGUCGAACCGUCAAUUACUAAAUUACACGUGCUGCCAGACAUGUCCGUUCCAAUUUUAAUUGGCCAGUAAUAAGUAACUAUGGACGCAAUCUUGAAUCGUGUACCUAGUCUCCAUCUUGGCGCUGCGUACGCUUUAUGGAAGCAGUUUAAUAAUAAUUUUACUCUACCAUAUGGAUGGUAUUUGAAUGAUCAAAAUGAACAAUUUCAAAUGUAAUAUGAUGAUUACUGCUUCUGUAGAAAAUGCAGUGGAAAAUGGGUCUCUACAUCCUCAUUUUCUUUAAGAAAUUCCCUUUUUUGCAAGUGGACUGAAAGGUUAGAACCUAGACUGUUACUUGUAUUCAAGGAUUUCUAAACUGUCCUCUAUAGAGGAUCUGAUGUCCAAUAGAAAAGAAGGAUUGAUCGACUUCCAUCUUUUGAUGUGUUUCCAUUUUGGAGGCUAAUCGAUCAGGAUUAAAAAGUUUGAAAACGCUUAGAAAGCAUAAUAUCAAGUACAAAAAUGGUCUAAAACAAAAUGGCCUCUCACGCGCAGAUGUUCCUCCUCCGUACGAGUACUGUCCUACAAAUCGCGUGGCAUUUCUUCUUCGAAUCGUUUCUGUUACUUUCAUUUUUGUAAGCUUAUAUUUUUACACCGAGCAUCGCUGUACAGAGCAUUGUUCUGCGAAACUCUGGUCUGCUUUAAACUGAACGACGAUAGAAGUUAAAGAAAAAAAUAAAAAAAGCAAAGCGAGGAAGAAUCGGGCGCGGUGUGCACCGAAAGGCACUACUUUAGAACGAAGCUUAUACUUUGGAAGCGACAGGUCGCCAUUUUCUUUUCCUUCAUAUCUCGCGCAUUAACGAAGAUCAAAGAUUCUCUGAUUUUCAAAUGUACCACCGAAUUAGUCGCCCGAUAUCCGUAUCGAGCGGGCACAAAAGCAAAAAGCAUCAAUCAAAGCAAAUAAAAAAAAAAAUGGUAUUUUAUUAUCGUGUCAGCCCUGUUGCCUUCGCGAGGUAUAGGCUUCACGAGUCCCGAAUAAGGUUAUAUAAAAAACAAAAAAACAGAAGAUGGUCAGAACUUUUGUUCUGUCGCGUUUCCAACGAAAUAAUAGAGGCGACGAGUUUAUCGUAGGCAGUAAAAAUCAUUAGAUACAAUUAAGGAUACACCGAGUCGCGAUCUCUGUGAUGACAGCGAUAUAUACGCUAAUACGUGAAGAUACGAGGGAAACAUGAUAAAGAAAAAGGUGGGAAAAGACGAGACGAUGAAUUGUUUGUCUCGCUAAUGACGAUGAGAACCGAGAACGAUGAUUUUCCCCCGUUCGUGUCAGUUCGAUAACUCCGUCGCGGACACGAUGCAAUUUACUGUCAAGUUUUUAGGGUACAUAAGAAUAGAGUUAUUUAAUGUAUAUCUAUUAUUGUACGUAAAGAACACACACACACCAGAAGUACGUUUAAGGUUCGACUCCGAAGCUCAUACAUAAGAAAUAUAAUUGUAUUAUAUAUAUUGUACUAAAAGGGUGCCCGUUUCGCGUGGUUAAACACGGGGGGGGGAAGGAUCGAUUGGCGAUAAACGAUCUAAAAAAGAACGUAAACGAUUCUUAAACAAUUGUACAUAUGAAAAGAAAUUUCGGAUCGUGCGAAUUGUGUAGGAAGCGGGCAACAGAGAAUAUUUUGUUAUGUUGAAAAUGGAAGAGCGAAGAAAAACGACGGAGGAAGAGAGAAGAGUUCAUUUUCGGAUAUAUAAAUAUGGCUGCCGCUGCUGCGUAUUUUUGAGCCGUACGUUUCGAGUUGACGAUUUUUAAAACAGGAUCCAGUCGAGACAUGGAUCAUUCUGCGGCCUCAGGCUUGGCGAGAUAACGAAGGAAGAAGAAUGAAAUGGAAGAAAAGAAGGGUGGCGAAUAGAGAAGAGGAAGAAAUCGAAGGACCACCGUCGGUUACGCGCAAGAACGAGAGAGAUUCCUUUAUCAUUCCGAAAUUUGGUCACUUCCGUUCACUUAUACAUACGUAUUAUACCGAGGAAGCAUCGAUAUAAAUACAUUCCGGUCGCAAAUCACGCAUAAUCAUCAUUUUUACUGAGAGAAGAAUGAAUCUCGACUGGACGCAACUCCUGUCGGAUCUUUUUCCAAGGAAAAAAAAGAAAAAGAAAAUGGAGGACCAAAACUGAAGAACAAGAGACAAGAGAAUGACGGGAAGAUUAUUACAAAAUGGCGCGCGCGAUCGACGGGGAAAAAGAUCAGUAUUGAUUGGCCACCUUUCGACGCGCAUCCCGUUGUUUUCUUGGCAAAACAAUCGUCUCGUGUUUGCGUGUCCCGACGCGAAGAGAACUGUUCGUGAAUAAUAAAAAGUGAGGAACCGAAAAGAUAAAAAAAAAAAAGCAGGAAGUAAAGGUGUGCGGAAAUAAAAGGAGUGUGCACUCUCGUGAUAGAAAGGAAGACUCAAAAUUUUUUCGAUACACGAAUAUACAACAUUAUAUGUAUAAUCGUCUACUACGAGGCUCGAUAGAGGUACGAUUAUUUUUUGCCGUUUUUUCUCUUAUCUCAAGAGGAAACGCGUCGACGUUUCCAUUGCGAGGGGCAACAGCUAUUACGGCGCAGCGAUUUUAACGUGAGUGACGAUGGUUCGAAUGAUCGAGGUUAUCCUCCGGAAAGGAAAGGAAAGGGAAACGUGACGAAGAAAAGAGAGCCAGUAAUACUUCGAGAACAAUAUAUAAAGUGAGAGAGAUAUCCAAGUCGUACCUAAAGCGUAAUCGUUUAUAUCGUAAUUUUGGUACUGUUAUUCUAGUAUGUUCACGCGUUUCGAAGCGAUCGAUGUGUGUCUGUAUUAGUUGCAGAAGAAGAGGAGAGGUAGAAGAGGUUAUGAAAACGCGAAGGAAUGGAUACAGAGGUAAACGAAAGAGAAUAAAGUGGCGGCACCGAAAAGGGAGAAAGAAUUCAUUAUGAGAAGGGAAUGUAUUGUCUUUCAAGGUCGUCGUUGACGGAAAGGGUAGCAAGAGAAAAAAUGGAGUCUAAGCGAGACUGAAGUGAAUGUGAGCGGAUUUCUAAAAAAAAAAAAAACCCACCAGAAAAAAAUGUCUUUUUGAAAACAAAAAGCGCCAAAAAAAAUCAGUGUAUAAAAAUCAGCCGAGAAUGCAUGUGUACGAACGAGAGGGAGGGAGAGAAAGCGAGCGAGUAUGAUUGAAGAUGGAAGAAAAGUUCCACAAAGGGAAGAUGGAAGUUUGACGAAAAACGACGACGAUGAUAUAUAUCCAUAGAAGAAAGAAGAAAGGUGAAUGAAAAGAAGUGAGAAUUGUUCGGUGUGCAAUAAAUUGUUGAGGAAAUUGAGAGAGACGAAUCGAAAGAAGAAUUUCUUGGCUCCUCUUCUGCCUAGAGAUAAGGAUUUGGUGCGAGGAUGAUUUUUAGAAAGUUAAAAGAAGAGAAAUCGUUGAUUCGUGAGAUACGUCACGAUUGACUGUAAGGAAUAUUUCAGUCCAGCACAAUACACUCAGGCAUGCACGCCGCAUGCAUACAUAUACACACGCGUACAGAUAUCUAAAUCCCAUAUACAUAAUAUACACGCAUGCGUAUGUGAAAAGAAACAGAGGAAAUGCAGAAGAAAAGAAGAAGAAGAAGAAGAAGCGAGAGAGGGGUUUCUAUUUGAACUCGUUUAAUGUUAGAAAGACAAAUAACGCGUUUAUGUGAGUCACGUGUGCAAAAUUCAAUCAAAUGAACACUGGACACACAUAUUCUCAACUACCGUACAUCACAGCAUUAUUACUAACACGUAGAAGUACGAGAACCUUCGGAGAGAUCGUGAAGAAAGAUACGGCACGAAGCGAAGUGAAAGCUGCCACAGGGUGACGACUGAAAAUUUUCAACAGGAAAUCACCGUGUGUCACAUUGGAAAGGAAAGGAAUUAUGAUACUCGCAUACAUACAUGCACAUCACAUACAACGCAUUGAAGUUUCUUUGAUGUUUAUCCAAAAAACGAGUGGAGCCGUUUCUUGAACAAAAUAUGGAUGAAGAGAACACACAUAGCAAAUGAGAAGAAAAUUUCUAACCUUACCUAGGAUAAUCCCUUUGUUUUAUUAUCCACUUUCUUUUUUCUUAAUCUUAUAAUUUUUCUCCUUUCAUAUCAGUAUGAAGAAACUAGCCAAAAGCACAUGGUAGCUAUGAUGCGUCCAACUUAUUCUCCAUACAAUCUUUAGUCCUAUUCUGGCCUUUAAAAAAAAAACAUCCAAACACACUACGCAUAUCCCGUCCACACAUUUUUCUCUUUACUAUCACUUUUUUCUUUAGGGCCCUACCCAGGGCCCGCAAAUGGUUCAUCUACGGAGUAGCAACUUCUGGGAUGCACGAAAUCUGUCCUUUUCAGGGCAAACGAUCUCUUAAACUGUCUUUUUCAAGACAAGAAUUUGAAACCGUCCUUUUAAGGACGAACAUCUGGAACGCCGGCCGUUCUAGGUCGGGUUUCGAAGAUCCUUUACAGGACGGAAGUUCUGUGAAGCUUGUCCUUUAUAAGGACGCACCGUUGAGGAACAUUUCUCGGAAGAUCUUUUAAAUAAAGCUUUAAUGUUGUGUGUACCUGAACCCUGAAUAUCCUCCCUACCAUUCCAUUGUGAUAUUUUAAGACCAAUUUGCUAAUUGUGGUCUUGAUGCAUAUGAAGGUCAAUUUCUUGAGUAAUUUCAAAGUAAUAUAUAGUAAUUGCAAAGUAAUUUGUUUCUAUCAUGAUUUUGAAAAUAUCGUUGAUAUACAGUAGUAAUGUCAUUUAAAAUUCAGCUGAUUCUCAUACAGGUACAAGAGGAAUUAUAAGUUACGUAUGUAGAUAAUGUAUGUGCUGUUCAGCAUGACUUCAGCAUAUUUAUUAGAAGGUGAAGGAAAUCCACUGUGGAACAUUCAGGAAGUUUAAGUAUGUCACGUUUCGCUAGAAAAACAAGUGAGUUUUAUCGUGACGUCAAGUUUGCAUAUAUUUAUUUGAUUCUAAUUUUUUAAAUUUCUGUUUACUAGGUUUAUCACUGUGCUGAGAAUAUCGUCAUCAGUUAUUUUGUCACGCAAUACGAAGGAAGGAAGGAAAUGAAACAGCAUGAGUUGCCUACUUUCACAAGAAUCAUCAACUUCAAAUUUCAAACUUUUCAGAUGACUCAUUGGAAAUUAAUUCCACAGUUACAAUACUCUUAACUUUCAUAGUUGCAACUCUUGUCGGGGUAUAAAAAGAAACUUAAAAUUGCAAGAGUCAAGGAGAAUGAAAGAUUCAGUUUAAAUAUAGCCUCUGUAUGUUCAACCUAUGUAUCUUUUCUUUCAUCAAGUCAUUGCUCUCGAGUCAAGGCUCCAUCACAAAAUGGUGGGGAUGCGUUAAGAUGGAAGACAGUUGACUUUGUAUGCAGUGGAAUAAAAUACGCUCAUUUAAGAUGCAAUAGGAUGCUCAUUUUUAUUCAACGAUCUGGUCGGAAGUCUCUUCUCGUUCAUUUUUGUAAAACCGAAAGAGAUGAUUUUAUAUUCCUGUAUUUCUUUGCUUUUUUAUUCGUUUGCUGUGUCAAAUAAAUUUGCAUACAAGUAUUGAAAUAGUAAUGGAACUAUACUUGUUUGCGUAUGUCGCUUGCACCUUGAUCAUGUUUUUCUGUCAUUGAGCUAUACAUAAUAUCUAACACUUUCAGUUUGGAGGGUCUGGUGGGUAGAGUCUCACAUUAUUUGAAGUAAAAUACUUGAUAAUGAAAGUAAUGCUUAAUUUAUAUCAAAAUUAAAAAUAGUCUAAUUUGAUAAGUGAAGUGCAGCAUAAUGGAUUCAGUAUCUGAUAUACUUGGUAUUGAUAAAGUAAAUAUGGGUGGAAAAGUAAUACUAAUCGAAGAGCAGCAUUAUAGCAAUGCAAAUUUUUUAUCAAGUGCAAUUAUCUCAGAUGCAUUAAAGAAAGAUUAUAGAAUUUGUUUUGUACUUUUCCAUAACACUUUCAACCAUUACCAUAAUGUGGGUAUGAAAUUUGGUUACAAUCUUUCAUUAUUAAAAGAAAAAGGCAAGGUUACUUUUAUAGAAUCAAUAAAAAUUAAUGCACCUGACAUGGAGACAAUAAACAAAGUAAUUGACAAUUUAUUUAUUACUAUUAAAAAUGAAUACAAUGAAAUGAAGAAAGAUAAUAAACCUGUAAUUAUUAUAAUUGAUGAUUUAAGCCAUCUUUAUAAUUUUGGACUUAAUUUGAAGCAAUGUAUGUAUUGUAUAAGAUGUUUAAGAUCACUCAUUGAACAUGACAAGACUGCUCAGCUUUGCAUUAUGACACAUACUUAUAAGCAUGAAGGUUCUGAUACAUUUGUAGAUAUUCUGAAAUAUAUGGCUCAUUUAUUUGUUAUGGUUGAACCUUUGAAAACAGGAUAUUCCAAUGAUGCAACUGGAAUAAUGACAAUUAAUUGGAGAAUUGAUCCUAUUAGAAACAAACAUAAUUGGCCAGAAGUAGCAAAAUAUGUAUAUAAAUUAUCAGAUCGUCAAGUGCAAAUUUUUGCAUCUGGUAUAUGAAGGGUGUAAAAUACAUUUAAGAAGUAUGUUUACAAUACUUUACUAAAAGUACAAAUAAAAUAUUCUGCAAAUUUUUUACAAAUA